GCGGGGCGGGGCGGGCUGCGGCCCGGGCGCGCGGCGGCAUGAGCGUGGAGGCGUACGGGCCCAGCUCGCAGACGCUCACCUUCCUGGACACGGAGGAGGCCGAGCUGCUGGGCGCCGACACGCAGGGCUCCGAGUUCGAGUUCACCGACUUCACGCUCCCCAGCCAGACGCAGACGCCGCCCGGGGGCCCCGGCGCGGGCGGAGCGGGCGCCGCGGGCGCGGCCGGGCAGCUCGACGCGCAGGUCGGAGGCCCUGAGGGCAUCCUGCAGAAUGGGGCGGUGGACGAGAACGUGGCCAAGACCAGCCAGCUGCUGGCCGAGCUCAACUUCGAGGAGGACGAAGAGGACGCCUACUAUACCAAGGACCUGCCUUUGCAUGCCUGCAGCUACUGCGGCAUCCAUGACCCAGCGUGCGUGGUUUACUGCAACACCAGCAAGAAGUGGUUCUGCAACGGCCGUGGAAACACAUCCGGCAGCCACAUCGUGAACCACCUGGUGCGGGCCAAGUGCAAGGAGGUGACGCUGCACAAGGACGGGCCUUUGGGUGAGACGGUGCUCGAGUGCUACAACUGUGGUUGUCGCAACGUCUUCCUGCUGGGCUUCAUCCCCGCCAAGGCCGACUCGGUGGUGGUGCUGCUGUGCCGUCAGCCCUGCGCCAGCCAGAGCAGCCUCAAGGACAUCAACUGGGACAGCUCGCAAUGGCAGCCGCUCAUCCAGGACCGCUGCUUCCUGUCAUGGCUCGUCAAGAUCCCAUCGGAGCAGGAGCAGCUGCGCGCACGCCAGAUCACGGCGCAGCAGAUCAACAAGCUGGAGGAGCUGUGGAAGGAGAACCCUUGCGCCACCCUAGAGGACUUGGAGAAGCCGGGCGUGGACGAGGAGCCACAGCACGUGCUCCUGCGCUACGAGGACGCCUACCAGUACCAGAACAUCUUCGGGCCCCUCGUCAAGCUCGAGGCCGACUACGACAAGAAGCUCAAGGAGUCCCAGACUCAAGAUAACAUCACAGUCAGGUGGGACCUGGGCCUUAACAAGAAGAGAAUCGCCUACUUCACUUUGCCCAAGACUGACUCUGGUAAUGAGGAUUUAGUCAUAAUUUGGUUACGAGACAUGCGGCUCAUGCAGGGUGACGAGAUCUGCCUGCGCUACAAGGGUGACCUGGCGCCCCUGUGGAAGGGCAUCGGCCAUGUCAUCAAGGUCCCGGACAGCCAGGACUUGACUCGGGCCGCAGACUAUGGUGACGAGAUUGCCAUCGAGCUGCGAAGCAGCGUGGGUGCGCCCGUGGAGGUGACGCACAACUUCCAGGUGGACUUCGUGUGGAAGUCCACGUCCUUCGACCGCAUGCAGAGUGCGCUCAAGACCUUCGCCGUGGACGAGACGUCCGUGUCGGGCUACAUCUACCACAAGUUGCUGGGCCAUGAGGUGGAGGACGUGAUCGUUAAGUGCCAGCUGCCCAAGCGCUUCACGGCCCAGGGGCUGCCCGACCUUAACCACUCGCAGGUCUACGCGGUGAAGACGGUGCUGCAGCGGCCGCUGAGCCUCAUCCAGGGCCCGCCCGGCACGGGCAAGACCGUCACCUCGGCCACCAUCGUGUACCACCUGGCCCGGCAGGGCAACGGGCCUGUGCUCGUGUGCGCGCCCAGCAACAUCGCGGUGGACCAGCUGACGGAGAAGAUCCACCAGACGGGGCUGAAGGUGGUGCGGCUUUGCGCCAAGAGCCGCGAGGCCAUUGACUCGCCCGUGUCCUUCCUGGCGCUGCACAACCAGAUCCGCAACAUGGACAGUAUGCCGGAGCUGCAGAAGCUGCAGCAGCUCAAGGAUGAGACAGGCGAGCUGUCGUCAGCUGACGAGAAGCGGUACAGGGCCCUGAAGCGCACAGCUGAACGUGAGCUGCUCAUGAAUGCAGACGUCAUCUGCUGCACAUGCGUGGGUGCAGGCGACCCCCGGCUGGCCAAGAUGCAGUUCCGCUCCAUCCUCAUCGAUGAGAGCACGCAGGCCACCGAGCCCGAGUGUAUGGUGCCUGUGGUCCUGGGCGCCAAGCAGCUCAUCCUGGUGGGCGACCACUGCCAGCUGGGCCCAGUGGUGAUGUGCAAGAAGGCGGCCAAGGCGGGGCUGUCGCAGUCCCUGUUCGAACGCCUGGUGGUGCUGGGCAUUCGGCCCAUCCGGCUGCAGGUGCAGUACCGCAUGCACCCGGCCCUCAGCGCCUUCCCCUCCAACAUCUUCUACGAGGGCUCCCUGCAGAACGGCGUCACGGCCGCUGACCGCGUCAAGAAGGGCUUCGACUUCCAGUGGCCACAGCCCGACAAGCCCAUGUUCUUCUAUGUGACCCAGGGCCAGGAGGAGAUCGCCAGCUCAGGCACCUCCUACCUCAACCGGACAGAGGCGGCCAACGUGGAGAAGAUCACCACAAAGCUGCUCAAGGCGGGCGCCAAGCCGGACCAGAUUGGCAUCAUCACGCCCUACGAGGGCCAGCGCUCCUACCUGGUGCAGUACAUGCAGUUCAGCGGCUCCCUGCACACCAAGCUCUACCAGGAGGUGGAGAUUGCCAGCGUGGACGCAUUCCAGGGCCGGGAGAAGGAUUUCAUCAUCCUGUCGUGUGUCCGCGCCAACGAGCACCAGGGCAUCGGCUUCCUCAAUGACCCGCGGCGCCUCAACGUGGCACUGACCCGUGCUCGGUAUGGGGUGAUCAUCGUGGGCAACCCCAAGGCCCUGUCAAAGCAGCCGCUGUGGAACCACCUGCUGAACUACUACAAGGAGCAGAAGGUGCUGGUCGAGGGGCCCCUCAACAACCUGCGCGAGAGCCUCAUGCAGUUCAGCAAACCUCGCAAGCUGGUCAACACCAUCAACCCGGGUGCCCGCUUCAUGACCACAGCCAUGUACGAUGCCCGCGAGGCCAUCAUCCCGGGCUCCGUGUAUGAUCGCAGCAGCCAGGGCCGGCCUUCCAACAUGUACUUCCAGACGCACGACCAGAUUGGCAUGAUCAGCGCUGGCCCCAGUCACGUGGCAGCCAUGAACAUCCCGAUCCCCUUCAACCUGGUCAUGCCACCCCUGCCACCACCCGGCUACUUUGGCCAGGCCAACGGGCCCGCUGCAGGCCGGGGAGCCCCCAAAGGCAAGACGGGCCGCGGGGGCCGCCAGAAACACCGCUUUGGCCUCCCGGGGCCCAGCCCCGCCACGCUGCCCAGCAGCCAGGCCAGCCAGGAUGCAGCAUCGCAGGCCUUCUCGCAGGGCGCGCUGACGCAGGCCUACAUGGCCAUGAGCCAGCCGUCGCAGAUGAGCCAGCCCGGCCUGUCGCAGCCCGAACUGUCCCAGGACAGCUACCUCGGUGACGAGUUCAAGUCCCAGAUCGACGUGGCGCUGUCGCAGGACUCCACGUACCAGGGCGAGCGGGCCUACCAGCAUGGGGGCGUCACGGGGCUGUCCCAGUACUAGCAGGUGGCAGCGGAAAAGCUAAGCUAUGUGGCUUAGUCCAGCAGCAUCUUAUUCUGGGUAAUAAAAAAUAAAACUCAAUGGAUACCUGUUUUCCACUGCUAAAACCGAAGCCCCGCUGGGAGCCGUAGGAGGGAGGAGCCCGAGAGGAGAGAGGAGGAGGAGGAGGAGGAAAAAGAGGAAGAGGAGGAGGACAGAGGAGACACAGCACCUCGGCCACGUGGCCAAGAGUCGGCGGGAGUGAGGCCGCGCAGAGCAGCCACCAGCGCUCAGGAGACCCUGUGGCAGCGCCCCGGUCCUGCCGGGCAGAGGGAGGCCGUGGGCCGAGCAGCCUUUCCCGUUUGUUUCUGUUUCUCCACCGGAGGGCUCCGCUUUGGCAGGGAACAUCGCCUCUGGAGCGGACCCUGCAGGCUGGCUGGCGGCGGGCCCCCUGAGGCCAUGCUGGGCAGACCCGGCCCCCCACGCUGCCUGUGUUCUAAGAGGGUUUCAUUUAAAGAAAAUACGGUGUUUCGGGGUUAUUUUUCUGUUUUUUUUUUUUUUAAACAUUCUUUCAAAGGAGUACUGAAAACUCUGCCUUCUUGAGUUUGUCUCAAAUCUUAGCAGUGGACCUGGGAGAUUGCGAGAAGCUUCCAGAAACGAAGUGCAAACUGGCGCCUGAGGAAGGCGUCCAGGGGGCCACCGAUGGCCUCCUUGCUGGACUUAGCGGCCGGGGCGGUCCUUCCCUCACCGACCUUUGGAGGAAUCAGCUGCCGGAGGGUCUGAGCACGCAGCCCCGGAGCCACCGCCCGCACCAGCUCCCCGGCCACAGCGCUGGAACCGGCUUGUGAGCAGACGCCACGGCCGGCCUUGGCCCUGCUACCACGGCCAGCAGAGCUCACGCACCUCCCCGGCCACCCCGGGUGGGGGCUCCCCCGCAGCGCCCCUACCCCCAGCUGCACACGUGGAAGGAACACACUGCGGGUGGGUUGAACCCCGCACCCCGGUCCAUUCCUCAGAAUGCUUUGCCUGGCCUGCGUGGUCCUGCCUGCCCCGUGCCCACCGAGGGCGUCUGUCCACGCGACGGAUCUUCUGAUUCUGGUCACUUUUGUUUUUAAGCUCCUUUGUCACCAAUAAAAUCUUAAUAAACA